AUGAAAAAAGCUAACCAAGAUUUAAGAAUUAUAAGUCGGACCUUCAAAUAUAAAGCCAAGAAGAGGCUCCUUCAACCUUAUAAGUAUCACUGUGGGACGUGGGACGAAAUGAACAACUUGUGUCACGAGGCUGGAGGUCAACUAGCCAAGGUUGACACCGACAACUUCAUGUAUUACCUAAUUCAGUACAUCAUAGAGAAUGGUCUGGACCACCAUCACUACUGGAUUGGCGCCUCGGACUCGGAGGUUGAGGAUGACUAUCGUUGGCUUGAUGGGAGUAAAGUGAAAAGAGGAACUCCAUUCUGGGGCUACUAUAAUGACGAGCAGCAGCCUACUUCUGGCACAGACUUGAACUGUGUCUACAUGAGCCAUACCAACUUCUUCUAUUUUUAUAACUAUGAUUGUGAAGGUUCUUUUCCUGCUAUAUGUGAACAGGUCAACUAA